CGCCGCGCGGCGGCCGACCCGCGCGUGCCGGCGCCGCCGGCGCCACGGCUGGCUGCGACGCCCAAUGCAGAGGAGGUCAUUGGAUGGGUCCUACAAGCCAUGAACAGCAACAUCAACACGCUCCAGUCUCUCAGGAUGCCCUCAUGCACUGCAUCUUUGCUGCUCUACCGUCAGGUGGCCACCCAAAAUGGGCUGGCAGAUUCGGAGGAGACCCCGCACUGGCCUUGCUACGAGCUCUCGAAAGACAUCCUCAAUGAGGAAGGUGCCCAAGAGAAUGUCUUGGCGGUGCUGGAGCGCUUGAAAGAGGCCUUUCAGGUGAUGGACAGCUUGGAACAAAAGCUUCAGGGCCUGGUUGGCCGCUACUGCGACAGCAUGACCUUCUCUCCUGUACCCAGUGAUGCCUUGCAGGACCUUGCAUCUCAGAUGAUCAAUCUCGGGGAGAUGAAGAAGCAGCUCCUUGAUGUUCAGGAGUCCUACCCUGUGAAUGGCAUUUUGCUCCUGGAUUGCUUGACCCUGCAGAAGGACCUGAAUCACGGCUGGUCAGAUCGACUGGAUGAGCUGAUCCGGAAGUCACAAGAAGAAAUCGAGGCCGCCUCCAGGCCAGUGCAACAGUGGACUUCGGAACAUCAGGGCACCAUCCAGGCGCUUCCGCCCACAGACAUCGAAAACUUCUUGCAGUACCUGCUUCGUGUUCAGAGGAUUCAAUUGGACUUCCCCCAACACCAGAAGCAGGUGCAGCAGAUGCAACACCUGGAGCUGCUGUUGCACCAGAUAGGCGGAGUGUUGGAUUCCUUCUACACCGAUAUGAUUGUCCAUUCGAAGGAGCGGACCACCGAUUUCAAGAGGGAGUUGACCAAGAGCCUCGAGAGAAUCGAGGUAUCCUCGAAGCGUUUCAUUGAAGCCUUGCAACAGCAGAAGCCUACAAUCUUGCAGAAGUUGCAGCUGUUCAUCCAGAGUCUGCAAGAUCCAGCGCUACAGACGCUUCAGAGCGACACCUUUGGAGAACUCGAGGCGGAUGACAUGGCUCCCAGCAAGGCCUUGCUGAUGGCCGAGCACCGUGGGGAGGAGCUGAAGUUCUCCUUCCAGGAUCAGCAAGAGACCCAAUACAUCCUCAAGACGGAGGCGCUUCUGACGAAGAAGUCGCAGGAGCUCCAGCAGCUGGAGGAAUUGGUGAGGAAUUGGACCGAGAAGUUGCGAUGUCUCGGUGUCGAGAAUGCCACGUGCGAGGAGAAGUUCACGGAGGCCCAGUCGUUGCUCGAUCCCCUGGCCGAGCUCUGGUCGGCCGCUGCGGAGUUCUUGGAGGUGCUCCGCUUCUGUGGCGAGGCAGAUCUGUGGUCUUUUGACCAGGAGCUGUGCUGCUCCAAAUGCAAGGACAUGUCAGAGCAACUGGAGGACAUGUUGCCGAUUUGCAUGUGCGUGGAGCUUCAUACCCGCUGUGAGCUGCUUCUGGAGAUUCUCAACUUGGCCCAGAUCUUCAAGAGUCAAGAGCUCCAAGAGGUUCACUGGCAACAGCUGGAUGCCAUGGUAGACAAGUGGAACUUGAAGAUCCUUCAGAACCUCAGAACCAGGUUGAACAACAAGUCGGUGAUGCUUCAGGAGCUCGUUGAACUGAAUUUGCUGAGCAUCAGGGAGCAGCUCCAGGAGGUCUACCAUCAGGCCCUGCGUCAAAAAGAGAUCCGACAAGAACUGCAGGCCCUACAGCUGCGCUGGUCCAAAGCACGGCUCAGAGUUGAGCGCAAAUCCAAGGCCGCGGCAGCCGAAGAGGCUAAGGAGGCCAAAGAGGCCAAAGAGCUGAAAGGAGAAGCCACGCCCAGGCGCCGAGCAUCUGUCGCCAUCUCCCUGGCGGAUGCACGAGCUGUCUACGAAGGCCUGGAGAAUGGCUCCGAGAUGCUUGAGGACUUGGAGGCCUCGCUGCUGGCGGCGGCGCAACUCCUCUGCCGCGCCGACUCCUCGGGCGGAGCACUGGCCGACGAGCUCCUGAAACAGGCACCGCUUGGCCCAACCAGACUUGGUCAAGAUGCAAGACGUACUGGAGGAGUGGUUGCGCCUUCAAAACCUGAAGAUAGAGAUCAAGUCCGUCUAUGCAUUGCCGGAAGUCCGCGAUGCCAAGAGUUCGGAGUUCUCCGAGCUGAAUGCCAUCGAGAAUUGGUGGCAGGAGCUGAUGGCCACUGUGGAGUCGCAAAAGUUAAUGACCAAGGUGUUGCUGAAGGCCAAUUUGCAUGCUGAUCUCUUGCAGAAGAUCUCGGAUUUGGAGCGAUUGAAAGAGGACAUGGGCAGCGUCUUUGUCAAGAAACGCAUCUGUGAUGCACUCUAUAUAUAUAUAUACACAUGGUCUUCUCAAGUGAGGUAUGGGCCAGUAAGGGCAUACCUUGAGUUGCA